AUGGAUACAACUUUCAACUAAUACUUUUAGCCUUCUCCUAUGAAUAGAAUACCAGACCUUCGCUUGUAAAACAUUUAAACUUAGAAAUUGGCCUCUGGAGACUAGUAAAACAAUUAAUUUAUCUAAAAUAGAUUUGGUGGUUUCUAUAAUUAAUAGCUUCUCAGCCUUGAAGAUAAUAAAAAUUAAUCAUUUUAAAAUUUUGUAUAAUCUAAUGGCAAAAUUAUAUAAAAUUUAAACCUCAUGAAAGAUGCACCUCUAUCUGAAAAUUUAAAUUUACAAAGUUUCUUAAAUAAACAAAGUCUAGAGAGCAACAUGCAAUAAUAAACUUUUGUCCCAAAUAAUAGAAUGGGAAGUAUGAACUAUAUGAUGUAAAAUAAUAACAAUUAAAUGAGCGAAAAUCAACUCAGUCUCUUAAGCUAAUUAACCUAAUAGUAAAAGUAGUUGCUUUAAUAACAAAACCUUUAAUUUAAUUUACAAAAUUAAAAUAGUAACAAUUUUCAUAAUUAAAAUUAUAAUCAUUAAUAAUUUAUUGAUUUAAAUCGAGAAUAUUAAAAUUAAAGCAAAGUUUUACAAUAAAAAUAAUACUCUCUCAAUCAACACUAAAUUUAGUAAGCUCCUUUAUCAAAUCCUCUACCAUAAUAAUCUAUCUUUAAUAACUAAUUAAACUAAUCAAACGACUUAUCAAAGAAUAUAAAUAUCAACUAAUAAAGCUACUUAUUAUAAAACAUGUAACAAUAAUUCAAUUAAAACUUUAAUAAUUAAUUACCUCCCUUAAAUACCUCUAACAAUCUAUUUAUUAACAAUCAUAACAAUAUUACUUAAUAAAAUUAUUUAUAAAAUAUUUUAUAAUUAUAAAAAUAAAUAUAAUAAGAAUAAGAUAAUUUAAAUAUAUUAAAGAACUUAAAUAAUAGUAACAAAAACAAUAACAACUUAAACAGUGCUCUCUUGAAAAUUCAGCUUGCUGAGAAUAUUUAAAAAUACUAAUACUUACCUAACUAAUUUGAUUUUGUUAAACUUGAAAAUUCUUAGAUAAACACAUCACCUAUUUAAUCUACUCCUAUCGUCAAGCAAGAAGUAAAUUAAAUUACUCAAUAAAAUUAAUCUUCUCACUGUUUACCAUUCCACUAAGUUUCAUUUUACAACUAACAAGAAAUUUAAAAAGAUGAAAUUUUAAAAAUCUUGAAAUAGUAACCAAACGAUUAAUUAAUAAAUACAAAGAAGGAAAUCGAUUAAUCACAAGCCUACAUUUUAAACCAAUCUAAUCCUCGUGUUUCUAGAGAAAAUGAAACCACAAAAGAAAAUUAAUUAAAUUCUGAAAAUGCUUAAAUUCUACAAAAUUGCAAAAUAGAAGAAAAGGAAUUGUAAAAAGAUUUAACAAGUGAAAAUACCAUCUAAAAAAAUGAUUUUCUGACAAACGAAAAAUCAUUUGAUUAGAAAGAAGAACUUAACUCUUAAACAAUUCAAGAGUAAUCAACUAAUCUUUCAAAUAAGAAUUACUAGAAUGAAGAUGCAAGUCUUCUUGGAUAAGAGCAGGAAGAAGCUUCUCAUGAAAAGUAAUCCCUUUGCCAAUCAAAAAACUCAGAAAUCAGCAACAAUACACUCCAAAAAAGUAAAAAUAAAUCUAAGAAACGCAGAUCCCAAAAAGAAUACUAUCUCUCUACUUUUAAAAAGCAAAAAUCAGAUAAAUAAAAUUCAGGAAUAAGAAGCGCUUUUGCCAAGAGAAACGGACAAUAGGAAUAGCCUGAUAAACAUAAAACUUAAAGCGAAGAUCAAACUGAUAAAGCCUAAACUUCUCAUGAGGAAAACAGCAACUAAUAAAAUAUAACUUUUGAAUAAGAACUAGAGUAAUAAAAAUACGAAGAGAUGAUGUAAAAGAAAAAAGACAUGUAAAACGAAAGCAACUACACCAAAAAUAUUCUAAAGGGAUUUAGAAGAUUUUUCAUCAAAAAUUUCUACAAUAACAAGAAACUUAUGAACAACUUUGAAAAAUACUACAGUAUCAACUCCUUAAAUAAUGAAUUUAUUCUGAAAUUACUCACUGUAUCUCCAUAUGCAAACUACUUCAAAGAUUUCCUCUAGGAAGACCCUGAAUGGUGGAUGGACGAGGCUAAAAUUACUAAUAAAGAGCGUUAACGUUAAAUAUUCAGCCUAUACUAAAAGCAAGACAUAUCUUUAAUAAAAACAAAAAGAAAAAACUUUAACCAAAAGAUUAUUGGAAAAUUAGAAAAAUCUGGUGGAAAGGAAAAAUAAACUUGCGAAGAUUAAUAAUUCUAAGAAGAAAAUGAUGUAAUAAACUCCGAAGUUACCCUCAACAUUCAAGACCUAAAUGGUUAACAAGAAUAAAAUUCUGAUAAAAAUUCAGAUUUAGUUCAAGUUGAAAUGACUGAAUAAAUUUGA